AUGGGAGUGGAAAAGGAAAUUCUGACGGCCGGAACUGGUCCCAAGCCGGUCCCCGGACAAAAAGUCACCGUCCACUGCACCGGUUUUGGUAAAAAUGGCGACCUCUCCCAAAAAUUCUGGAGCACCAAGGAUCCAGGGCAGAAGCCUUUCGAUUUCCAAAUUGGCCAAGGAAAAGUUAUCAAAGGAUGGGAUGAAGGCGUGUUGGGAAUGCAAGUGGGAGAAGUUGCUCGAUUACGGUGCUCUCCCGACUAUGCCUAUGGUCCCGGUGGAUUUCCAGCAUGGGGUAUUCAGCCCAACGCAGUUCUGGUUUUUGAGAUUGAAGUUUUAAGUGUGGAGUGA